AUGGUUCCUAUUAGGUCUGGUAGCCCGUCGCUCCCGCUCCUAGUACUGCUCUCCCUCCUCAUCGUUUCCUCGUCCCCUCCUCACUCGCCUUGCUCAGCCACCCGCGCCGCUGCCAUCGGCGCGCAGUUACCGCCUGCCUCAGUUCCGCCCCCUGCGGAUGGGGAAGCGCCGGCGUCAACCGCGCAUGGGCGCUCCCUGGAGGCUUCAACCGCCGCCAGCGGCGCCGGUGCGGGCGAGUGCGACGCGGAGUGGAUGCUGCUGUGGCCGGUCGCGCAGGAGUGCUGGCUGCCGCGCAUGACGACGGCGCAAGGCGGAACAUCCGCGCGCGUGGCUUUUGCGGCCUCUUCCUCCGCGCACCUCCAAGCUACCGCGCAAAGCCUAACUUCCGUAGGCGUGGUGAUUGCGCAGGCUUCCGCGCCUCCCCCUCCCCCUCCCGACGACCGGCCAGACGAGGGGGAUGGGGGGAGCACUCCGCCCGCGGGGAACGAGGCGCGACUGACACCCGACAAUGAAAUCAUUGGCGUGUGUCGAACCGGAGUUAAGCUUCCUCUUAAAAUUCUGAUGUGUUCGUUCCAGCGGUUGGCUCCUGUUCCUCAACCAUCCGGCACGGUGCUCUCGUCUCUCCUCGCCUCACCUCUCGUCUCCUCACCGCCCUUCACCAGCACCAUCGCCCCGCGGCACAGAGGUUCGCCCACUACGUGGGCCUACCAGACGACCAACUCUCUUAUGUUUCGUGCGGCAUGCCUCCUGCCUGCCCAUGCCCCAUGCACCUCGGCUCUCAGGUUCGCCAACUACGUGGGCAAGCUGCCGGACGACCAGUUCAAUCGCAUAAUGGAUUUGCUGUUUGACAAGGACAAGGGCAUCGGGCUCAACCUCGCGCGCUACCUCAUAGGCGGCAGCGUCAACUACACCAACAGCCCCCAGUUCCUCACCGUUGCCUGGGAGACCCGCUCUCUCCCCGGCUUCCGCGUCCGGCCAAACGGUCAAUACGACUGGACGGCGGACGGGCGGCAGAGACGGACGAUGCUCGCCGCCCUGGCGCGGAAUGUGGACGAGGUGGAGGCGAUUUCAUACUCGCCGCCCUGGUGGAUGACGGUCAGCGGGGACACGGCCGGGACUAAACAGGGCAAGUGUAAUUUAAAGCCCGAGUAUUUCCAGGCGUAUACGGACUACCAAGCGUCUGCGAUCGAGCACUACCGCAGGUACUGGAACGUGACGUUUUCCACGAUGAACCCUUCAAAUGAGGCGCUGGAGGGGUGGUGGUCGCAGGGUUCGAAGAACGAGGGGUGCAACUACAGCCCUGAGCAGCUGAGCACUCUCAUUCGCCUCCUCACCGCCAACCUCCAGAAACGAAAGCUCCCAACGAAAGUCGCGGGGUUUGACAGUUUCGUCGGCGCCACUCUCCGGUAUACAUACAAGUUCCCUGCUGCAUUGAAGGCCGGCAUUUUCCGGCUGAACGUGCACGGGUACAUUCCGCCGCCGCCCAACACGACGGAUACACGGCGGUACAUGGAAGGCGUGAUGGUGGGAAUGCACCGCAUGGCGACCGGGCUUGGCAAGGAGGUGUGGAUGUCGGAGGUGGGGCCGAUGUGGGUGGUCGGCAAUGACGUGGGUGUGAUGCUGUUCACAGCACGGCAGAUAGUGCAGGCUGUGAACAUCAUGGGGGCUUCCGCUUGGAUUUUCUGGCAGGCAGUGAGUGGGGUGGCUACUAACCCAGACGCGUUCCUGAAAUGGGGGCUUUUGGCGGUCAGGAUCUACCGGCUGAACGACACGGAAGUUAAGCCGUUGGAUCUGGUGAUCUCCAAGAAGCUCUACAUGCUGCAGCAGUUUGUGCGUGGGGCGCCGCAGGGAAGCCUUCCUCUGCGAAUUGACAUGUCGUGCGGUUGUCAGCACUGCAUUGCGGCCUUCUUCCAUCCCGACCAGCACUUUGUGUCCAUCUUCAUCGUCAACCAGCGCGACACCACACACACUGCGACAUUUCAAUUCGAGGAGUUUGUGCCGUUUGACGCGGGUCAGGAGUGUGUGGUGGAGACGUAUCGCACGUCAGCGACGGAGAACAACACGCUGGUGGCCACACAGAGCUACUCUGAUGUCCCAGCUUCGAUACAAGUGCCGGCUCUGGGCAGCUCGAUGACGUCCGUGGUGCUGCGCAAUGUGGACCCCACCUAG